AUGUCAUCCCCAAGCUCCUCCUCCCACAACGGCAAGCGCAAACGCACAGCCACGGGCCUCGCCGCCGGCAACGCGCUCGGCAACAACCCGGACAUGAUGGACCAGGGCCAGGUCGUCCAGGCCGAGUCCCGCGACGCGUCCGGCGAGGAGGGCGACACCACGGCGCCCGAGUCGAGCCGCGACCAGCCGCCGCCUCCCUCCUCCUCCUCCUACCACCACCACCACCGUAAGGCCGCCGACGGCGCCUCGCACCCGCCCAGCAAGCGCCAGCGCGCCAACUCGGCCCAGACGGCCGCGACGUCGGCGGCCGGGGCCGGGGCUCCGCAGGCGUACGCGCAGGCGCUGGAUCCCGGCGAGCCGAGCGACACCACCGAGGCCAGCGUCGAUAUCGCCCACCGGGUUACACGGAAGGGGGUGAGGAAGGUGGCCGGGCCGGCGGGCGAGGAGAGGAAGGACAAGGAGAAGAAGAACAUCGUCAUGCCUCCGCCGCCGAUCGGGAAGCUCACACACCCGGUGGGAUAUCAGACCAACUCGCCCCCGGUGGGGAGGCCGGUUAGGGUGUAUGCGGAUGGGGUUUUUGAUCUGUUCCAUCUUGGCCACAUGCGCCAGCUCGAGCAGGCCAAGAAGGCAUUCCCCGAUGUGUACCUGAUCGUGGGCGUGACAGGGGACACAGAGACACAUCUGCGCAAAGGCCUGACCGUGCUGUCUGGCGCGGAGCGCGCAGAGACGGUCAGGCACUGCAAGUGGGUUGACGAGGUCAUUGAGAACUGCCCGUGGAUCGUGACCCCUGAGUUCCUCGACCAGCACAAGAUUGACUAUGUUGCCCACGACGACAUCCCCUAUGGUGCCGCCGAGGGUGACGACAUUUACCAGCCCAUCAAGGCGGCGGGUAAGUUCUUGGUGACCCAGCGGACCGAGGGGGUGAGCACCACAGGCAUUAUCACAAAAAUCGUCCGCGACUACGAGAAAUACAUCGCGCGGCAGCUGAAGCGGGGCACCUCGCGGCAGGAGCUCAACGUCAGCUGGCUGAAGAAGAACGAGCUGGACCUGAAGCGGCACGUGCAGGACCUGCGCGACAACAUCCGCAGCAACUGGACGACGACGGGCCAGGAACUGAGCCGCGAGCUGCGCCAGUUCUGGCCCGCCAGCCGCCCGCCUAGCCGGCCCCAGAGCCCGGCCCGCCUGGCCGCCUUCUUCGCCCCCAACGGCAACGGCCAAGGCCACGGCGGCGACGUCCCCGGGAGCCCGCUCGCGUCCCACGGCCCGCCGGGCCUGGCCAAGAGCCCCAGCGCCUCCGGCCUCAGCCUCGUCGGUGUGGCUGGCGAGAGGGCCGGGGGGAAUACAAACGAUUUCAUCACGGGGUAUACCCUGGGGUUGAUCGGCGGCGUGCGGUCAUGGAUGACCAAGAGCAGGAGAGACAACCGCGACAGCAGCCGGCCGGCGAGCGAUGACGACUGGGAGGAGUCAAGCGACGACAAAGCGGCCGAGCCCGGCCGCGCCGCUUCCACCCCCGUCCCCGCUCCUGCCCCUGCCGCCUCAGUGGUGGUGCCGUCGUCGUCGUCUGGCCAGUCGUAA